AGACUCCAGUCGCUUCCGCCGGGGGUGGGGCCGCCCCGCAGCUGAGGUAGAAGUAAAGAGCGCGCGAAGGGAGACCGUCGGCCGACUGAGCGGGCAGGCGGAGGGCGAGGCGGCGGUGAUCACCGACUCCUAUCCUCUCUUUCCUUUUCCCUUUCCCUUUCCCCUUCCUCUUCCUCCUUUCCUUCCUAGCUUCACCUCAACGCCGCCGCCACCACCACCACCACCAUGGAGCUCAUUACGAUUUUGGAGAAGACGGUUUCCCCAGACUGCACCGAGCUUGAAGCGGCUCAGAAGUUCCUGGAGCAAGCAGCCAUCGAGAACCUGCCUACUUUCCUUGUGGAACUGUCCAGAGUGCUGGCAAAUCCAGGAAACAGCCAAGUUGCAAGAGUUGCGGCUGGUUUACAGAUCAAGAACUCUCUGACAUCUAAAGAUCCGGAUGUAAAGACUCAACAUCAACAAAGAUGGCUUGCAAUCGAUGCCAGUGCUCGCAGAGAAGUCAAAAAUUAUGUUUUGCAAACCUUGGGUACAGAAACCUACAGGCCAAGCUCAGCAUCACAGUGCGUUGCUGGCAUCGCCUGUGCAGAGAUCCCUAUGAAUCAGUGGCCUGAACUUAUUCCUCAGCUAGUAGCCAAUGUUACAAAUCAACACAGCACAGAGCAUAUGAAAGAAUCAACAUUGGAAGCCAUUGGCUAUAUUUGUCAGGAUAUUGACCCAGAACAGCUUCAGGAUAAAUCAAAUGAAAUUUUGACUGCCAUUAUCCAGGGCAUGAGGAAAGAAGAGCCAAGUAAUAAUGUGAAAUUAGCGGCUACAAAUGCACUCUUGAACUCUUUGGAAUUCACCAAAGCAAACUUUGACAAAGAGUCUGAAAGGCACUUUAUCAUGCAAGUAGUCUGUGAAGCGACACAGUGUCCUGAUACAAGGGUGCGAGUAGCUGCCUUGCAGAACUUGGUAAAGAUUAUGUCCCUUUAUUAUCAAUACAUGGAAACAUAUAUGGGCCCUGCACUUUUUGCUAUCACAAUUGAAGCCAUGAAAAGUGAUAUUGAUGAAGUGGCUCUGCAAGGUAUAGAAUUCUGGUCAAAUGUCUGUGAUGAAGAAAUGGACCUGGCUAUAGAAGCUUCAGAAGCAGCAGAACAAGGACGGCCUCCAGAGCAUACNAGGAGUGCUGCAUAUGAAGCUCUAAUGGAAAUUGUGAAAAAUAGUGCCAAGGACUGUUAUCCUGCUGUCCAGAAGACAACUUUAGUUAUCAUGGAACGGCUGCAACAAGUGCUCCAAAUGGAGUCUCAUAUCCAGAGUACAAGUGACAGAAUCCAGUUUAAUGAUCUUCAGUCUUUACUUUGUGCUACAUUGCAGAAUGUCCUUCGUAAAGUCCAGCACCACGAUGCUUUGCAGAUUUCAGAUGUGGUGAUGGCAUCUCUUUUGAGGAUGUUCCAAAGUACAGCAGGAUCAGGAGGUGUCCAAGAGGAUGCUCUCAUGGCUGUUAGUACUCUGGUAGAAGUGUUAGGAGGGGAGUUUCUCAAGUACAUGGAGGCCUUCAAACCUUUUCUGAAUAUUGGUUUAAAAAAUUAUGCUGAAUAUCAGGUCUGCUUGGCUGCAGUGGGCCUAGUGGGUGACUUAUGUCGGGCUUUGCAGUCCAACAUUCUGCCAUUUUGUGAUGAGGUUAUGCAGCUGCUUUUAGAAAAUUUGGGGAAUGAAAAUGUUCACCAAUCUGUUAAACCACAAAUUCUCUCAGUAUUUGGAGACAUUGCUCUUGCAAUUGGAGGAGAAUUCAAAAAAUACUUAGAAGUUGUAUUGAAUACUCUACAGCAGGCUUCUCAAACCCAGGUUGAUAAGUCUGAUUAUGAUAUGGUAGACUACCUGAAUGAACUGCGAGAAACCUGCCUGGAAGCAUACACAGGCAUCAUUCAGGGUCUGAAAGGAGAUCAAGAGAAUGUACAUCCGGAUGUGAUGCUGGUGCAGCCUAGAGUAGAAUUCAUCUUGUCUUUCAUUGACCAUAUUGCUGCAGAUGAAGAUCAUAGUGAUGGAGUCGUAGCCUGUGCAGCAGGACUGAUAGGGUAAAUGCUGAAGACUUAACUUUGUGCUUGAGCACAAGGGUAGCUUAAAAGUCCCAUAGUGAAUCUUAGUCUUUCCUCAUAUAAAGAUGAGAUACUUUUACCAAGAGCUUUUUUUUAACUCAUAAAGCUUCUAAAACUGUUUCAUGUUGAACCACUAUUAAAUAUUUAGAAGUUGUGUGACAAGAAUAACCCACUAAAUGUCCACCACACUAU